AUGAGGAUUUUCAUAGCUUUCGAAGGAUCCUUUGAGGCGUUCGAUGUUGAAGCACACACGUCGGUGGGAGCCAUCAAGCAGAAGAUAAAGGAUUAUUUCCACAUUCCUCUUUCUGAAGACAAACAAGGAAGGUGGUAUCUUGAGCUGAUGUAUGCUGGAGCUGCCCUAAGGAACAGCUGGAGUCUGUCGGAUGUUGGAAUAUCUUUCUGUUCAACUCUCAAAUGCUUUGUUAAGAAAGAAGACAAGCCCACUCUCUAUGUGUUCAAUGCUGUGACCCAGGAGGUGAUGCCGAUGAUGGAGGACAUUUCUGUCCUGGAUAAAAAGGUGUCUGACCUGAGAAUGCUGGUAACUCUGAGAUGCGGCUUCCCCGUGAGUGUCUACUGUCUCCGGACACCAACCGGACUGGAGAUGUAUGACUGCAACACCCUCAAGGAUUACCAGACUGAUAUCGGCACAACACUUCGUUUGGAUGUCUGGGAUGGAUGGAAGGAAUUUCUCAUGGGAUGUCUUCUUGGGCAAAAACCUAAAGUCCAACACUACUUAUCAAAAGAAGGACCGGUCCUCAAGUACCAGAAAAGGGUAGCCCUGUACAUCGCUGCUUUUCAUGGACACACUGAGCUCACUGAAUGGGCUCUGAAGCAGGGGGUGCAGCCCCAUGAGGCAGUUGGGGUUCACCCUUAUCGAGCAUGGUGCCAUGAAGCCCUUCACAGAGAUGUCUCUAACUGCCCUAUUCACGCAGCCGCAGAAGCUGGCCAGCUGUUAAUUCUGAAGGCCUUUGUCAACUGCAGUGUACUGUGCCUGGAAUGCAAGAACGCGGCAGGACAGUCUCCCCUGGCCAUCGCAUCAAAACACCAGCAUAAAGACUGUGUGUUGUAUUUACUGAGUAAAAUGUGUUCCACGGUGUCUUUUCAAAAACUUUCAGUCCCGAUGAGGAUUUAUAUUAAAAUAAAGCAGUGGAUUCUCCGAGCUCAGAGUUGUAGGUGCCUUGGCAGAGGGAGGGUCUCUGGGGCUAAAGUCGGAGACACUGUGAUGGUUGAUGGUUUCACCGAGCCCAAGAUGACCUCCAAGAGCUGGGACAAGGCUGAAGACAAGAGCCGGCAAACUGCCCAGAGUAAACUACCACCCUGCAAGCGACAGUCAAGCAGGAAACCUGUCGACUCUUUACCAGUGACGCAGCGAGACACCAGAAAACCAAUCCUCACAUUCCCGCCCGUAGUAGAUGCGAAGAGCUUCUCAGAAGUGCGAAGUCAUCAACGAGAAAACCAGAAAAAGAUGUCUGCCCCGGCUAGAAAAGAAAAGCACAUCAAAAACCCCUAUCUCCCCCAGGUCCCCCUCCCUCCCGUUUCAAGAGUGGAUUAUGCACACCCUCUCUUCUACUGCCCUCCGCCCCGGGCGGACGCUUUGCUAAGGUCCCUCUUCGCAUCGUUCUCAGAGCACAGUGAGAGGACUCCACGCGAGAAUGCCAUCUACUGCUUGGCUGUGGCAAGUGCCUUUAAAGAGAAGCGAUGGCUUCAGCAGUUAGAAAUAGCAAAAGUCCUAGCCAAAAGGAGCAUUUCUAACCUGACUGUCAAAGGAGGUCCGGCAAAGUGUGAAAACUAUCCAGAAACCGUGCUUUGA